AACAUCUGGUCUUUUCCCGUAUCAUGGCCUGUUCGUUUCAGUGACUCCGUUCUUAUUUCUUUGAGUGAAAGAGAGUGCAAGAUUCGGAGCUUUGAAGGUGGAGAACUGAUAAAGUGGUCGGACAUUCAAGCGAUUUUGAAGCAUUUAGGGAAAUCGCGUGGAGGGGUGAUUUCGAGGCAUUAGGGGAAUCGCCUGGAGGAGUGAUUUUGAGGCAGUUAGGGGAAUCGUCUGGAGGAGUGAGUUGCGAGAGAAUUAAGUGCGUUGUUUCCCUGUUCUGUGACCGUUUUCUGCAAUAUAACGGUGGAAAGGCCUAAAGUUAGUGGAUCGGUGUUGAUUAAAUCGAUAUGGCGUGGAGCCUCUGAGGGGCUUGUUUUAUUCCUGUUAAAUUAAAGGAAAGGCGUUUUUAGUGCUUUAUGUCCGUUUCCUGGAAGGAAAGGCGUUUUUACUGCUUUAUGUCCGUUUCCUGGAAGCUUCUAGCCUAAUUGCGUGUCCUAAAAGUCAAAACGGGGGCAAGUAACGGCCGUGAGCCGACGUCCAGAAAGGCUAAAGCAAGAUUCGGUUUGGCUUUUAGGGCACCAUAACGCCGUUAACUCUGCAAGCUAGAAGGGCAUGGAGUUGUGGGUUGAUUAAGACUACCAAAGUAAACUGAAGGAGGGACUCUGAUUUCCAUUGGUAAAAGUCAAGCUUAUCCUUUGAUCCCCACCAUUUUCCCUGCCUUCAUUUUCACCGGUCAUGGGGUCAAAAACUAGACCUGCUGGGUUGAUUUCAAGUCUCUCUAAACUGCCUCUAAUCCCUCAGAAUUGAGGAUCAUUGCUGUAGCGACCUAGAUCUUUGAUUCUCUCUAAUAUAUGUGCCAUCUUGGAGCUCAUCAUUUCAGUUUCCCAUCUGCUUUUGCACAUUUUACUGUAUAAAUGUCUUUCCGAAGUAUAGUUCGUGAUGUUAGAGAUGGGUUCGGGAGCUUGUCAAGGAGGAGUUUCGAUUGGAGGCUCGCGAGCUUCCAUAAGGGGAAAGCUCGUGGAGCUGUGCAUGAGCUUCAGACUGAGUCGGAGACAAUUCAACAAAGCCCUUGGGCCAACCUACCACCUGAGUUACUUCGAGAUGUGAUAAACAGGUUAGAGGCAAGCGAGAGCGCAUGGCCUGCUCGUAAGCAUGUGGUGGCCUGUGCUGCAGUUUGCAAGUCUUGGAGGGCGAUGUGCAAAGAAAUCGUUAAAACUCUGGAGGUGUGUGGGAAACUCACGUUUCCCAUUUCUCUCAAGCAGCCUGGGCCACGAGAUGCAACCAUUCAAUGCUUCAUAAAGAGGGAUAAAGCAACUCUCACUUAUCAUCUGUAUUUGGGACUUAGCCCUGUUCUGGCUGAAAAUGGUAAAUUUCUUCUCUCAGCGAAAAGAUCCAGGCGAACCACGUGUACAGAGUAUGUCAUUUCCAUGGAUGUAGAUGCUAUAAACAAAACCAGCGGCUCAUAUGUUGGGAAAAUGAGGUCAAACUUCCUCGGCACCAAGUUCAUCGUAUAUGACACGCAGCCCCCACAUGGUCGUGGCCGUGUCUUCUCAUCUUCGCCUUCAAGCAAGUUGAGCGGCUUACUCCACAGCAAGAGGUGGACCCACUCUUCCAGGAAGGUCUCACCUAAGGUCAUGGGCCCCACACCCCCCUCUGCUGCCAGUGGCAGCUAUGAGGUCGCUGAGGUUGUGUAUGAACUCAAUGUCCUCGGCACUCGCGGGCCCCGCCGCAUGCACUGCACGAUGCACUCCAUCCCUGCCUCUGCCGUCGAACCCGGGGGCUUUGUCCCUUUGGGCCCAUGGACCUCACAAGGCUCAUCUAGCCCAAUGGCCCCGUUCGGUGAUUCCUUCUCUGCCCUAUCCAUCUCCUCCAUGGACCACCGCUCCAUUGACUUUGGCAGCUCUCGUUUCUCCGAGGUCUCAGGUUUUGGUGGCCCUGAUGUGGGCUUUAAUGGGUCAGAGGUGGCGACAGAUGAUACUCAGAUGGGCUUGGGUUUUGAUGUGGGACUCAAGAAACCUUUAGUGCUUCGUAAUAAGACCCCUAGGUGGCAUGAACAGCUUCAGUGCUGGUGCUUGAACUUUAGGGGGAGAGUGACCGUGGCAUCAGUGAAGAAUUUCCAGCUGAUUGCGGCAACAGAUGCGGUACCUACUGGAGGGCUGGGGCCGGUGCAGCCAAUAGCGGUGGGAUCCACGAUGGGCACGACAGGCCCACUGCCAGUCCAGCCCCCAAAUGAGCAAGAGAGGAUCACAUUGCAGUUUGGAAAGGUGGGGAAGGAUUUGUUCACCAUGGAUUAUAGGUAUCCACUCUCUGCUUUCCAGGCAUUUGCGAUAUGCUUGAGCAGCUUCGAUACCAAGCUGGCUUGUGAAUAAAUCGUUGGGUAGUUGAUUAAUUAGUUGAAUUAGAAGGUUGGGUUAGUUGGUUCUUUUCUGCUCUGAUUUUGCGUUUGAUGUUGUCGUUGGGUAAAAGAGGAAGGAGGAGAAUUUUGGUGUUGUAAGUAAAACAUAGGUGAAGUCGCAAUAAGCAACGUGUGAAAUGCCGGAGAAGGUUUUCUUUUGCAAAAAUUUUCUUUCGAUGUUUCGUAAAUGUAUUUGUUGCGCCGGACGCUAUAUGGUUCUAGAUCUUCUUUUUUAUGUGAUUAUUGAGGAGUAUAGAAGCAAGAAGUGAACUGAAUGGCAGUUCUGGAAUUUGUUUUGGCUGGAGUGCCUCUGGGAAUUACGGAGCUUUUUUUUUUUAGGUUCUUGCUUCAGAAUUGCUAUCGGCCCUGAAAGGAUUGGCAGCUUAAUUUCAUGGAGACAGUCUUCAAUUUAUAUUGUAUUAUAUUUAUUUGG